AAAGAGGGGCACGACUUAUAAGUGAGUGAAGCUUUGAAAAAUCAGGUUUCGAUGCAAAAUGACAGCGACUAAAGUGGAGGAAGCAAACUCUUCGGAGGGGUCUCCUGUCCCUGCAGGAAUCAUAGGGAAGAGGCACCUUCAAAUAUUCCUAUUGUUCCUGGGGAUGACCAUCUCUUAUGGAUUACGAGUCAGCAUGUCAGUGGCGAUAGUCGCCAUGACUGAUAAUUCUACUACUGCCAAUCCGAACUUUGAGACGUUCGAAUGGAACUCUGGAACGAAAGCACUGAUUCUGAGUUCCUUCUUUUGGGGUUACACGAUAACUCAGAUACCGGCCGGGUAUUUAGCUGGUAUUUGGAGCGCCCAACGUUUACUUUCAAUGGGAAUAUUUGUCUGUGGAUUGUUGACCUUGGUAGUACCGUUUGGUAGCUAUCAUGGUAGCUGGAUUUCCGUCUGCAUUUGCAGGGUAGGCAUGGGUCUCUGUCAAGGUUGCCUCUUACCUUGUGCUCAAACACUGAUUGCAAAAUGGGCACCCCCCAAUGAGAGGGCACGAUUGGGGACUUGGGCUUACGCUGGGGGCCAAUUUGGCACAGUCGUCACAAUGCCAAUUUCUGGACUUUUGGCUGGCUCGGUGAUAGGCUGGCCCAGCAUUUUCUACAUUUUUGGAUCAAUUGCGAUAAUAUGGGCCAUUGUAUUCUUUUUCUAUGGUUCUGAUAGCCCGGGACUUCAUCCAAGUAUUUCCCAUGCUGAGAAAUUAUAUAUUGAAGGCAGCUUGGGAAUUUUACCAGGAACUCUACCCAAAAACAAACUAGAGAAAUCGACGACUCCAUGGAAGGAAAUAUUCACCUCAGCACCAAUGUGGUCAUUGAUUAUCGUUCACUGCGGACAGAACUGGGGUUAUUGGAUGCUUCUGACAGAAAUGCCUACCUACAUGAAGAAGGUUCUAAAGUUCAACAUAGAAGAGAGCGGUUCAACUACAGCCUUGCCAUACCUAGCUAAUUGGCUUCUGAGUUUCCCAGUCAGUUGGCUUUCAGAUUUCGCCCUCCAAAAGGGCGUGAGUAGGGGAACAUCCAGGAAAGUUUCCAACACAAUUGCCCACUGGGGCCCAGGGUUGGCCCUUCUUUCACUUUGUUUUGUGCCAACAAACAAUGGAAACCAAAUUCUUCCUGUUAUGAUUCUCGUCAUAUCAGUUGGACUCAACGCUGGAGCCCUCUGUGGCUUUCAAAUAAACCACAUCGACCUGAGUCCAAAUUACGCCGGAACAAUGAUGUCCAUCACGAAUUGUAUCGCUUCCGUCGUCGCCAUACUUGCCCCGCUAAUAGUAGGAGAAAUCGUUUAUGAUGAGGAAGAUCAACACCUUUGGCAUAUCGUUUUCUACAUUUCUGCCUUCAUUUAUUUUGUGGGUAAUUUAGUUUUCAUCAUUUUUGGUAAAGCCGAAAUCCAAUGGUGGAAUGAUCCUAAAGAGGUCAAGGCGAGAAAAGAGAGAAAACUUCAUGGCAAUCAUGAAAUGGGAAGUCAGAAGCAUAUUUAAUAUAAAUUGCUAAUUAUAAAAUUUACGAAUAGAGGCUCGAAGUUGUGAGGUAUACUUGCAUUGAAGCAAUGCAAUCUGUUAACAGUAUUGAUAAUAAUUCAUCUAGUUGUACACUAUAAUAUUUAUAGUACAAUUAAUAUUUAGUAUGCUAUUUGAGUAGUUGAAGGUUGUUGUUAUCAACUAUCGAUUCAUGUAAAUAUUUUGAAUGUAUAUACAAUUUUUAAUAUAUAAUGA